ACGUUGCGAAACUGACGCGUGUUGGCAUAUUGAGGCAGAACACAUCCACACGCUUGCGCGUUUUGAGCCGUACAAAUCAAUUGUAUCCGUAACGCUAUAGUAUACUGUGUGCUUACAGUUUGUACGAUACAGCAACUGCUCUGGCUCGCGCACCAAUGGCGUGUAACAUUGCCCGCUCUCGCUCGCUCAUGCGUACCGCGUUGCAUCGUAACAGAGACGGGUAUAUACACUACGAUCACGUGGUACUUACUACACGAGACGCCAAGGACAGAUCAUGUCCGCCAUUUUUCAUUUAGUGCAGCGUUUGUGAGAACUUACACGAACACGCGCCGUGUUUAUAUUGAAAAAAAUGAAUAAUAUUGAAGAAAACGUUAUAUGGACCGAGGAAAAAUGUAUACAACUAAUCCGGGAGUACAAAUCGAGAUCGAUUCUGUGGGAUUCGAAACAAGUUUUGUUUUAUAAACACGCAGCUCGGAAUGAGGAGUGGGAAUCCAUAGGGAGAGCUUUAAAUAUUUCAGCUAAUGACUGCAAAUACAAAAUGAACAUAUUAAUGUCGUCAUUCAGAAGAGAAAAGGCCAAAUUUAGAAAGGGGCUGAUGUCUGGUAAAUCUUAUGUGACUUCAUGGUUUGCAUUUAUGGAACUAUCAUUCCUGAUGAAUAGAAAAAUAUCAAGAAAAAAAUUAUUAAAUACAGAGGACGAAAGCGACGAGUUCAACAGUUCCCAAAUUAAAGUAUUGCCUGAUACUCAAAUUCAAUUACAAAAUAACAGUCAACAAGUCACAAUAGGACAUUCACCUGUUGCUAAUGAAACGAUUUAUGUACAAGAUGAUACUUUCGAGUAUGAUAUUAAAUUAGAACCAGAAUCAGAUGUAGAAUCUGAUUUAGAAUCUAGCAAUCAAACGACAGCACCAACACCUGGGCCUAGUCGAGAAAAAAAUCCAACUGUAAAAACUUAUUCUGUUCAAACUUCUACAGACCCAGUUAAUACAGAGGAAAUAGACGCAUUUACUAAUUUUAUUAAGUAUAAAAUGAGGAAGCAUUCUGAGAAGACUAUACAAGCGGUGCAAAAAGCUAUAUGCGAUAUAUUAUUUAAAGCAGACGAUGGGUAUUACGAUAACGAUGCACAUGAAAUUACAGAAGAGAGCGAUAUAAACAGAAGAUUUAAAACAAAUAUUCCGUUGAAAAGGAAAAUAGACUCAGACGUAACCAUAGAAAGGAUGGUUCUUCAAGACUCAGACAGUAGUGUUUAAUUUUUUCUCUAUAAGUAGUUAAUUUUUAAAGUAUAAUUAAAUUGUAUAAAAAUACA